AUGCCUCGUGCAACUUACGAGAUUACAGUCAUCAAAAACCAGACGGGCAAACUCUACUGCAACGUCACACUGCCGACAGGUGGCGGUGUGGGCGACGAGAACCCAACGCAGAUACGGUGGUACAAGGGCGCUGAGCUCAUCUACAUGCUCACAUCGGAGGGCCGUAAUGUGCCGAUCAGACAGAUGACGCACCGGCCGAGUGCCUCCUGGCGGGACAGACUGCAAGUGCGAACCACGAGGCUGCCCAUUUGGCUCAGCAUCGAUCCGGUAAUGCUGCACGAUCAGGGUUACUACCAGUGCCGCGUCUACUACGGCAACGACGUCAAGAGGAACGUCAGUCACUUCCUGCGUGUCAUAGAACCCCCCGAGAAUGUGGUGAUUAUAUUUGGUACCAGGCCCCGCGAAAUUCGCCUGUCUCCAAACCAAAAAGUGAGGCAGAACGAAGGUGAAGAUUUGUAUCUCGAGUGCCACGUCAUCGGAGGUAAGCCAGAGCCUCGUAUCCGGUGGCUCGAAAGCGACCGAAAGGACAGCGUGGCACAUGGAAGCGAGAGGGUGCUGAAGGUGCCUCGAGUUCCACGACGCUUGGACAACACCAGCUACACCUGUGAGGCCUCUAACAACAACAUUACCGAGCCCCUUCGCACCUCGGUGACCGUUCUGUUGAACCUGAAGCCCGUGAACGUGAGCAUCCGCAACAAAGACACACCGCUUAAGGCCGGCGUCCUGGCUCACGUGGAAUGCGAGUCCUACGGCUCUCGACCGGCGCCUCAGUUCUCCUGGUGGCUGGACGGCAAAGAGCUCGUAAACAACUCGCGAAGCGUCGAGAAUGACCUAUCUGUGCUAUACUUCGAGCCAACCAUACAGAACAACGGCCAAAAGCUCACGUGCAUAUCUAGGAACCCCCUCAUAAGGGACAGUGACUGCGUGGACAUUUGGACGCUGGAUGUUCAUUUUAAGCCACAGAUAACGCUGCUAUUCAAGGGCGUGCGAGUGCAGUUCGUGAACGUCACGAGAGGAGCGACGGUUUCCUUAGAGUGUCGGACAUCUGGAAACCCUCACACCGGAAAUAUCACAUGGCUUCUCAACAAACAACGGCUGCCGCGAAAGACAUCGCCAAAGAAGGGUGUUUUCUUCCGGGACACCACAAUAGUGGACAUCGUGAACGCCAACCGUAACCACAGCGGCAGCUACUCCUGCUCCGGCUCUAACGCUGUUGGCAGCACGACCAGCAACGAGGUCUACAUUCGGGUACUGUAUGAGCCCGAGUGUCUUGGUGCCGUGGACAGCUACGUGACGGCCGUGCUGGACGAAACGGUCCGCAUUCCGUGCCGUGUGGCCGCGGACCCUCCCCACGUGUCCUACUCGUGGUCCUUCCGAAGCAGCCUGGACGAGACGGCCACAAGGAACCUGACCACCCCUCGAAAUGGCAGCGGUGGCCUGCUCUUCUACCAGCCCAAGGUUGCGGCCGACUUCGGCACCGUCUACUGCUGGGCACAGAACGAUAUCGGCCCUAUGGCCAAGCCUUGCAUCUUCCAUGUGGUGCUCAAAGAAUCGGAGGACACUAUGACAUCAUACGUUCUUCUUGCAGUCAUCAUAACAUUUCUGUUCGUGCUUAUCCUGGUACCAGUUGUCAUCGUCAUUGUCGUGCAGACAAGAGAGCGAGAUGUAAGAAAAAAAGGUCAGAAUGCAACGCUCCCGGCGGUGACACCGAAGGAUCACACUCUGCCAAAGUCCAUGUACGGCGAUCAUAGUGUAUGAACUGCUGCGUCCAUGUGUGGUGUCUGCGUGGCAUUGCGCGUUUCGCUCGUUAGUUGCAUUGAGAAGUGUGUCUU